CGGCAACCAAAUGGAACUCGACCAAGAGAGGGUCUCCUGCCUGCAGCAGUUGGUUCCCGACGGAUACACGCUGCGCGACAAGCUCAGCAUCGAGAGACAGAAGCCACGAAAGUAUCGGUUAGUGCUGCACUCAAGGUCGCGAGCCAACAAUACUGAGUUCAAAUGGCGGAGCCGCUGGAUCACGUCUGGGAAGCCACGCGACCGCGACGCGGUCGCGGAGGGAAUCAUCUAGACGAGGUGACUGCUGCUGACUGGGAUGCCGUUCAACUCAAGAACUCAGCGUACGCCCCGGUGCAGAGAUCACCACCGCGGGAUUCAACAGCACCCGCAGUUCGAGCCGCAGCGCCAGCCGUUGGUUCACUAUAAGAACCCGGUCUCGCAGGCGCGCAAAGAUCGCGAGAUCCAAAUUGGGGUGGACAACGGGACUACAGUGGGCGGCCCUUUGGAAAGUUGGGGAGGGCGGCCCGGCGGAUGCGUGCGUUGACACUUCGGCAGGAACUAGAGGAGGCCGUUCCUGGGGCAUUCAACCUCUCUGCAAGCAGUCUGGAAGAAGUCGUGCGGGCGUGGAUAGAGUUCGAACCCGAGUGGGCCGAAGAGGCGAAGAGGAGAUACCUGAACAAGGGCACGUACAGCACAUCUCAAGCUGCAAAGAAGAUUAGGCGUGCGAAAGGGGCGGAGAUGAAAGCUCGGGUGCUGGCGGCAGCGGCGGACGAGUUUCGCGCUGAGAGCAUCGAGCUCCUCGACGGCGUUGUGAGUGAUGUGGCGAAGACGAUCAGCGCAGCCGCGGAGAUGAACGAUGUGAGGGCAGAUACAAGUACGGAAGACAGCUGUUUGUCCAACUUUCAGCUGGCGCACACGGUGCAAGUGGCCAUGACAUUGAUCCAGUUGUACACCCAGCAGGCCGACGGCUUCGACCGGAAGGAUGCACUGGCCAUCGCAGCAGAGGUUGGACGGAGAACCGUUCAAACAGUACAGCAGUGGGAGCGGGAUUUCAUCGCCCACGGACGCAUAAAAAAACCUGACACAGGUCGCUUCAAGCGCAGGUUUUUGCUGGAGCUCGACGAAGGCGUCUUCAAGCUCGCGAAAGGCUGGGUGCUCGAGAACUGCGGGAUACUCAGUGGGCAAGCCAAUAAAACGGCGGAGGAUUUCCGCAAGUGGGUGAACAGCACCAUCAUGCCGAUGCUGGAGGAGCAGGAAAAGGACGGCAUCAACGCUUUCCAUGGAUUGAGAGUAAAGCUGGUGGAAGUGAAGGAGAACGAGCCGCCAAAGCGCCAAAUCUCCCUUUCUACGGCAACGGAGUGGCUGAAGAAGAUGGGAUGCGAAUACCACGACGGCAAAAAGGGGCUGUACUUCGAUGGCCACGACGACAAGAAGACCCUUGAAUACCGGCACGACGAGUUCCUCCCGGCGCUGUUCGACACCCGCGACUACAUGGAGGUAUGGAUUCCGAUGGGCAAGGAUGAAGCGAUCGUCUGGGGUGUUGACGUCGAGACGGUGGAGGAGACCGAGCGCUUGCCGGAUGGUGGUGUCUGGGUUUGUGUCGAUGAUCUCGAGUCUGCGCUGGCAGACUUGCCCGAAGACCUGCAAGCCAGAGUGCAGAGCAAGAAAACCUACCCUGACGGGAGGCGGGCCAUGCUUCUCUACCAGGACGAGAGCAUAUUUCGAGCCAACGACGACCAGAGGCGCGCGUGGUAUCGGGACGGCCAGCAUGUGCCCGUGAAGAAGUCACAAGGCCAGGGGAUCAUGGUGUCGGGGACGAUAAUCCACAACGUUGGCUUCUUCUCGGCGUCGCGGGCACAGAUCCAGGACGCGGAGCGCAACCGCAGGAAACGAUGCGCCGCCUCAGCUGCCGCGAAGCGACGGGGGGAAAACGUGAAGGUGGAGAAGUUCCGCCCCAUCGACAUGCUUCAUGAAGACGAGCAUGGACAGUACUGGUCCUACCACCUCUUCGAGUACGGCAAGAACAUGGAGGGAUACUGGACCGGGCUCAGGAUGCUGGACCACAUGUCAGACGUGCUCGACAUGUUCACAGUUCUCUACCCUGAGCACAAGCCUGUAGGCCUGUUCGACUGGUCGUCCUGUCAUGACUGCAUGGAGGUCGGCGCACCGUCGGUGAAGAGAAUGAACUUGGGUGUCGGUGGUGUGAGGAACGGAGAAGAGCUUGCGCCGAUGGACCCCGUGACCAUCCUCGAAGAUACCCCGAACCUCUCAGCCGGCACGGUACAGCACGUGGUGUUUCGGAGGGGGGACGAUCGCCCCUUCCACUCCCCGCAUCUCAAGCCGGCGCAAUAUGUCGGAAAGUUGAAAGGAAUGCGGCAGAUUUUGUGGGAGAGGGGGCUCCUGGUCAAAGGCAUGAGCAAGACGGGGGGUUCGGGCCUGGUGCUGUUGAUGCAGCGCCACGGGGGGGCCUUCUCAUUCUUCCUAAGUACCACUGCGAGUGCUGUUUCGGUAGUCCAGGGCUACUGCAAGAAGGCGUACACACACGCCCUCAUGUACCGCGAGACGUGUGUGCAAGGGCCUGAGAGCAAGAAGGCGUACAAGAAGUACAAGUCGCACAGACGCCCGACCCCGAAGGAAUGGAGGCCGUAG